AUGGCGUGGGAGCAUCUUUCCACCACCAGAUCGCAUCUGGUCUACAUCAUUCUGGGUGGCUUCACCUCCCUUUUCAUGCUUUGCUCUUCCGUCAUCAAGGAGCGCAUGUACAUCGGUGAAGCCACGGUCGCCACCGUCGUCGGCGUGAUAUUUGGGCCUCACGCCGCCAACCUAAUCAAUCCUCUGGAAUGGGGCAAUACAGAUAUUGUCACUUUAGAGUUCUCCCGUAUCGUUCUCGUUGUGCAAUGUUUUGCCAUUGGAGUUGAAUUGCCAAAGUACUACAUGGAGCGGCAUUGGAGAUCCGUCGUCCUCCUGCUAGUGCCCGUUAUGGCUUUUGGCUGGCUCAUUACCAGCCUAUUUAUUUGGUGGAUGGUACCUGCUCUGAAUUGGCUGGAUUCUCUCGUCGUCGCUGCUUGCGUGACCGCUACCGAUCCCGUCCUCGCAUCGUCCGUUGUCGGCAAGGGCAAGUUCGCCCAGCGUGUACCCAAGCACCUUCGAGAUCUCCUCUCCGCCGAGUCUGGAUGCAACGAUGGCAUGGCGUUCCCAUUCGUAUAUCUUGCCUUGUACUUGAUCUCCGGCCAUUUGAAGGCGGGCCCGGUCACCUUCCACUGGAUAUGUUACACUAUUCUAUACGAGUGUGUAUUUGGUGCCUUUUUUGGUUUCAUGGUCGGGUACAUUGCCAGACACGCUAUCAAGUUCUCCGAGGAGCGUGAUUUGAUUGACAGAGAGAGUUUCCUCGUGUUCUACUUUGUUCUCUCUCUCUUCUGCGCCGGAGCUGGAAGUAUGCUCGGCCUCGACGAUCUCCUGGUCGGCUUCGCCGCUGGUGUCGGGUUUUCCAACGAUGGUUGGUUCUCUGAGAAGACGGAGGAGUCGCACGUCUCUAACGUCAUUGAUCUCCUUCUUAACUUGUCGUACUUUGUCUUCCUCGGUACCAUUAUCCCCUGGCAAGACUACAAUGACACUGACAUUGGCCUUUCUGCCUGGAAGUUGGUUGUCAUUGCCCUCCUGGUCAUCUUCUUCCGUCGCAUCCCCAUCAUGCUGAUGCUCAAGCCAAUCAUCCCGGAUAUGAAAACCUGGCGAGAAGCCCUAUUCGCAGGUCAUUUCGGCCCCAUUGGUGUGGGCGCCAUUUUCGUCGCCCUUUUGGCUCGUGGUGAGCUGGAGUCUGGUGACAGCGUCCCCGAGCCGGAACUCCCACCCGAGACGCAUCCCAACUACAGGCUUAUCCGGCUGAUUUGGCCGAUUGUCACGUUCAUAGUCAUCUCCUCCAUUAUUGUUCACGGUUCCUCGAUUGCCGUCUUUGCCUUGGGCAAGCGUAUCAACACACUGUCGCUUACUAUGUCGUAUACCCAAGGUGGCGAGGAGGGACCUUCGUGGAUGAAUAGGCUGCCGAGGCUCUCGUCACAGUCUAGGUCUCAGAUGAAGACCAUGUCGGACACGGAAGGUGAAGAGAUGCCCACUCUGCCUCCCGGUACCCUACCUCCAAUCGGUCUCCCCGGUCACUUCUUACGUCGCCAAAGGGAGGAAGAAGGACCGAGUAGGAACGGUAGCAGGGCCUCGUCUCGCGUGUCCCGUCGCCGCAGGAAGAAGAAGUGGGAUGACGGCAUUGGACCCGGUGGCCCCGUCGAGCAGUCUGCCAUUUUCCCCACCCAGAGGACUUCUGAUAUGCUUAGCCCAACGAGCGUUGUGUCCCCAGGAUUAGAGGGCGAAGUACCUCCGGAGGAAAGGGGUUCUCAGUCAACCUCCCUAGCUGCUAGCGAUACCGAGAAUCGCACACCCACCGCAGUGGAGGCUGCACGGACCGAGGCGGAACCUGAGGAAGUGCCGUUGACUCUCAAGGUUUCCGCCUUUGAACAAGGCAACCAGAUUGUAUUCGAGGAUGAGGAGGGUGACGUACUCGGUGUCACCGAUACAAGGGAAGCGCGCGCUCCUCGCGACUCGGAAAAUGAUAGCGACCGCCCAAGCCCAGGCACGCCUGGCCCGAUCUUGACACCGGAGGCUGCGGAGACACUCAACAACAAGCUAAACCCUUCUGGCCAGGGCUCAAAGUGGUCUAUGGACCAAAUCAAGGGCAAGAUGAAUGAGAUGUACCGCCAGAAGAUGGAGAAGAGGAAGCAAAAGUCCAAGGAAGAGCGGAGACACGAGCCUGCGCGGGCCUUCCAAUUCGGAAAUACGGUCAUCGUGGAAGAUGCCGAGGGUGAGGUCGUCAAAACCUAUGAGCUACCCUCCGAGAAGCCUGGGGCGCCCAGCAACGAUCUCAUGAGUCAAGGACUCAAGUACAUCGGUCUCGCAAAGGCUAUACCUGCGGCCACCUCCCCCGAUACCGGCGAGCCAGCUGAACGCGGCAGGAGGAAGAGCAGGACUGAAGCGGACGACAACGAAGAGGAAGAUGACCGCCAUAUCCGCUUCACGAUUGGCGGCGAAGGUAAACGGUUGACAAAGGAGGCGUUUAUCGCAGAGAUGCAGAAGCUCGACGCUCGCACGCGCAAGGAGGUCGUCGCCCAAUCUUCUGCGUCCCUAGCCGUCAAGAGACUGGCCACCCAGGAUGCGCCGGAUCCGUCUGCUGCUCCCACCAGAACCCCUAAGGAAGGAUCCACCGCGGGGCCGGGCCCGAGGAUUACGACCACCUUGCCUACCCCCCAGUCAGACAUGUCCUCGGGCCUCAAGGGGCCGUCGCAAUCCCGCAGGGUGGCGGGCCUUUCGAGCUCAACCGCUAUCGACGACGAUGAGGAUGAAGAGACACCCGCCGAGAGGAGACGGCGAGAAGCGGCUCUAGGUAUGACGAGCCACGCCGAUGAUAGUGACAGUGACGAGGAGGGCAACCCUAGGGUGCCGCCAGCCGAGAGGAGAGGUAUUCGGUUUGCGGAUGCAUUGGAAAGGGGCAGGAAGAGGGAGUAG